AUGUACAUCAAGCCUGCGGUCCUUCUGUCCUUCUUGGGCGCUGCUCAAGCUCUGGUGGCCCCCAGAAUUCUCCAGUUUGACGAUGUCAUUGUCCCCAACGACGAUGGCUCAUAUUCGGUUAUGAAGGAUUUCGAGUACGGCAUUCAAAAGUCGAAAAGGGAGAUGCUGAACAAGAGAGCCAUCCACAGCCCUCCAACUGCUCCUUCGGUGGCAGCCCUGGACAAGCGUUGUGACGAGAGCACGGAGGUGCAGGUGCUCACUGACACCAACUUCAACAACUGGGAUGUCGCGAUGUCACCAGUCAUCGCCAACACCGGCUCAAACACAGCCACAGUUGCUGUCACCAAGGGCUACAGUAUCUCCAAUUCUCUUGCCAUCACAGAGAGCGCCUCAUACACAAUCGUUCCCGAGAUCCUGACGGUGUCCUUGUCCAUCACCGUCAAGACAGAGUGGACGACGUCCGACUCCCAGACCUUCACCUACUGGGUUCCGGCGGGCCAGUACGGCGUCGUCGUGAGCAACCCCUACGUCCGCCGCGUGACGGGCAACCUCGUCACCGGCUGCACCGACUCGCCCAGCUACGAGCCCUUCACCUCAGACUCGUACACCGACCAGACCUACAGCGGCAUGAGCUGGGUCAAGGGCCCGAUUGUUCUGUGCAACAACACUGCGUACCCCAUUCCAUACUGUGUCGGAACCGGCACCCACAAGUAA